UAUGCGAUGCAGUGGGUAAAUGAUUGACUCGACCUGUAUGGACCACUGGGUGUUGUCUUUUUCUUCCAUUGAAUUUCAGAUAACUGUUUCCUGGUUAGAGAAAAGCAGGGAUACAGGUCUGAGCGUUUCACAUGUAAACACAUUUUUGCGAAUCUAAAGAGGAAUAAACAUGGGGAAACCAGUCGCUGUGCUUCACUGGCUUCUGCUCACACUGGGACUAGCUGCGGCUCAAGCAGAGAAAGCAGAGCAAACUCUGCCCAACUGGCUUACAGGAAUCAUUGCCGUUGCUGUGUUCCUCUUUCUCAUCUUCAUCGCCUUCCUUGUAAACAAAGCAUGGUGUGAAACUCCAAGUAAAUCAGAAGCAGUCGUACCCAAUGAAUACGCCAUGACCAAUGGAUCAUCAACCCAUGAAACCAGUCUUGACGCAGUCAGGAGCAGCGACGAACCUAACGCAUAUGAGAGCGUGAUCGUUUUCCAAACUGACGAAAAAGUGACCGCAAUGUAAUUUCAAGGAAAUGUCCACUAUUAGCUGAGUCAGCACAACAUGUUAACCUUGUGUUCUGUUGUAAUAAGUUAUCAUUUUAAUAGCUGUCACAGCUCUUUCUUGUAUGAAAGUUUAGCAGUGAUUUUUGUAGAUUUCUUUACAAAUAAUCCACUAUACAUGAACCGUAGUUCAUUCUAAAGGGCAUUUGUUGAUGUACCAAUUAUGAGCAUUAUAUAAUAUUAGACAUUCAGUAUCUUACAGAUAUUUGUUGUGCAAGCCUCUUUAAAAAAUAAUAAAACAUCAAUAUACUUUUUGGACGUUAGGAAUUUUAAUGUUUUUGAAGUAUGUGUCUUCUGCUCACCAAGGCAGCAAUUAUUGAUAAAAAAUACAGUAAAAACAGUAA